UAAAAUUCAUCACAAAUCUGUGGUUUGAUAAAGAAAGUAUCUAAUCAGAAGUACUUCCUUGAAGAUAACACCUCAAAAGGUAUCAAAAUUACAGUAAGUGUUCCACAAUGCAUGUCAUCAAUUAUUUUAUAACCUACUGGAAAUCGCUUGCGUGGUCUUUAUUACUUUUGCUAGUUACAUGUUUGAGCACCCAGUUUUUCACACUACCUGUAAGUGGUCUUUAUUUGCUCGGCUGUGUGGUAGCUGUUGCUAUUUCGACAACUUUGAUAAGCUUCGUGACUAUACAGAACUUCCUCCACCAGAAUAAACCGCUAAAUUUACCAAAACUCUUAAAUCUUAAAGUAAAUAAACAAUGUGAGAGAGAGGAUUUCAACAAUGCAGCUUCAAUUAAGCAGCUCACUUUUGAUAUCGACAAGUAUUUUAUAGAAGAGUGGUUCGUUUACAUAAGUAAAGACCCGACUUUUAAUAGUGAGAGUCGGGUUAUCCUCGAGGAGGUUCUGAGAAAGAUGGUUAAUGUCCAGUUGAGUCUCAGUAAUGAAGCUAUCAUUCAAGGAGUCCUCAAUCUGUAUUUGAAACAUUUGAAGGAGUUUCGGAGGAGUCUGAAACGCAGAGAUAAAUAUUCGGGAAAAAUCAGCGACUUGUAUAGAUACUCACACAUGUGUAGUUGUUCAAAGAAAGCAAAGAAUUUUUUCAUUCAUCAACUUACCAUUAACUUAUUGAACCAUUUCAUCAAUUGGGAAUUGGGAAACUCAUUACCAUACCAAGUUCUGGUCUCUAUAAUUUCGAAACAAGUCAUGACGUACAUUUUGAAUCUAUUAUCAAAUCCGGAAUUUAUUAACUAUUACAUUUUGAGAAGUUGUGCGUCGGAAAAUGAGAAAAACGAGCUAAAAUUGGACGAUUUCAAUCGAGUAAAAAUUAGCCAAAACACGACACAUUAUAAUGACCCAGACAAAUCUGUGAGUAAAGCCAAUUUGAGCAAAGUUGACGCUACCAAGAAUCGAGCCAAAGAAAUUAAAAGUGAACUUAAGAAGUGUAAUACUUUUAACGUUUCACUAGAUUUGACUUCAGUUCCUGAAGGGCAAGAUAUACCUGAUAGUAUAAGUCUGCGAGAAUCCAGACAACUAGAAAAUGUAACUAAAGUACAAACUCGGGGAAUCCCAGAAUCUGGAUACGAGGAACCCGCCAAUUUAGCGACGAUUAUAUCAAAACAGGGAGCUUUGCAAGAGCAAAAAGCUUCCGAAUCGAGAUUAUUGAUCCCGGUUGUUAAUUCAAUGUCAUUGGGCGAAAUUUUCAAUAAAAUAUUGCUCGCAGACAGUGUCCAGAUCGAGGAUUCACUUGCAACGACUUGGAUUAAUUCAAUAAAAAAAGAACAAUCAAAAUCUGAAGUCCCGUUCAUACAAACCUGUGAUGAUGGAAGUCCAGAGCAUGAUGAAUGUGAAGAAGCCGACGAAGUUGAUGGUGUGAAGAGUUUUUAUAAAUCUUGUGCUAAAACAGGAACGAGAGUAAUUCGUAACACUGUUAAGACAAUUAAAAGGGCACUUCCUUGCAAUGUUGAAGAGAGUGACACAUAUCAUGGAAUGCAAAACUGGUCCUUUAUUAAGUCGAACGCGACCAAUUGCGAUUUGUGCGAACGUAUGACUAAACUCCUCACCGAAAGGAAAGUUUUCUACGAAGCUCUUGAUUCCUUGGAUUCGCUCAAACAAAACGACAAUCUUCCUCAGUCCAACACUCAAUUCGAUGAUGAAUUCGACGAUUUUGAUGUCAAACUACAGGUCACCAAAACACUUUUCGACAUUUUAUGCGAACUUUUAGCAGACAACAAGGAAACGUUUUUGAGUAAAGAACCGGUCAUUAAGUCCAUUUUGUUACUUUUCGGAAAUUUUAUUGAAGAAAAUGUUGUGACACACGCGAAUUAUUAUCUACGUUAUUGUUGUGCUAAUGCUAAAAUACCGUCAGACGGCAAAAUUGAGACGCUUUCUAUGGAACUCGAAGAUUUUGUUACUGUUGUUCUGAGUGGCAUUCCAGAUUCUGUUAAAUGUCUAUUAGGGGAAAACACAGUGAAAGAUGUUGUAAAUUUGUUUGUUUCUUCGUUGCAAAUAGAGAAGAUCAAUCAGGAUAUUAUGUUGCAAGUUUUUGAGAUACUUUGUAUGAAAUUAAUGGAAGGAAGUAAACAGCUAUCGCCUAUGAUUCCAGCUUAGUUGUCUUUGAUGUUGUUACGCAUUAAACUGAUUUUAAGUCAAUGUUUAGCAAAUGUAGAAAAUAAAAAAAUCGUUUCUUUAACAAGAAUUUAUUAAAACUUAAAUCACUGGUUUAAUAUCAACUUUUAUCGUAUUUAUCUGACUGUUUGCACAAAUCGACGAACACUCCUUUGCCUCUGCUUGGUAUAUCCGAGUAGC